GCUUCCGCUUCCGGCGGUGUCCGCGGCUGUGCGCGGGAAGGUGAUGGCGGCGGGCGGCAGUGACCCGCGGGCUGGCGAUGUAGAGGAGGACGCCUCACAGCUCAUCUUUCCCAAAGAGUUUGAAACAGCUGAGACACUUCUAAAUUCAGAGGUUCACAUGCUGCUGGAGCAUCGAAAGCAACAGAAUGAGAGUGCAGAGGAUGAACAGGAGCUUUCUGAAGUCUUCAUGAAAACUUUAAACUACACAGCUCGCUUCAGUCGUUUCAAAAACAGAGAGACCAUUGCCAGUGUCCGCAGCUUGUUGCUCCAGAAGAAGCUUCACAAGUUUGAGCUGGCCUGUUUGGCCAACCUUUGCCCGGAGACUGCUGAGGAGUCCAAGGCUCUGAUCCCGAGCCUGGAGGGACGGUUUGAAGACGAGGAGCUGCAGCAGAUCCUUGAUGAUAUCCAGACCAAGCGCAGCUUCCAGUAUUAAUCUCCAGAUACCGGCCUGCUGCCAGGGGAGCCACAUCAUAUCCCAGCACAACACCACUGUCCCAGCAUCUGGGGCAGACUUGCAAGUCUGUGGCACAAGACACUUGGGCUUCCUUUGGGUAGAAGAACCCAGCGCUCAGUCUCCAUGUGGGUUGCUAUGUCCAUACUUGACAGCCGGACCGCGAUGACCAUUGUGGCCUUAGGCCUUGCAGUGGCUGCCUGAGCUUGCCUUUGUGAACGGUGAGGUGGGGUGAUGUGCGUGUAAGCUACGCUGUGGACUGCCUCAUGUGGGUUUUGGCCCUGAUGUUAUUUUUGAUGCCUAAUAUUUCAUGUUUUAAUUUCAGUGUGUUUGUAGUUUUGAAACUAUACUGGAGCAUAUAAAACUGGCAUGGGAAACAGUCUUACCUAAAUGCAAAAGGAGGGAUUAAACCAGACCCAUGUCAUUGUUUGAAAUUCUUAAAGAAAGAAUAAUAGAGCCUUUGGCAUCACUGUGCUUAACCCAGGAGACAGGGAAGAGGCACACCAAGGAAAGCAGGUACAUCUGAGGAUAACUGCUAAGCGCUGAGGGGCACAUAGCCGUGAGGUGGACAAGUACUAUUCCUUGUUUUUUCUCCAGUUGUUGCAGAACAUAGAUUUGGAGUAAGUGGUCUUAAAGCACUUACUUUUGUCACUCUCAAAUUCAGAUUUUUUCCUUCCUAGGCCAGUGUGGUGAAGGUGUGAGCACAUUGUAGUGCCCUCAUUUGGGGCAUCAGGUCCAAACCUUUGGCCUGCUGCUUAGCAAGCAGAUGCUGUGUGAUGGGCUGAUUUGGAAGCAGGGCGCCUGCCCCUUCCUGAACCCCGUGGGGAAGUCACUCGCCCUGAGGCUGGUCGGAGGGGAGACACGUUAAUAGGUGAACACUGGUUCUGAAUUUUCUGAAGGGAAAUGCGCCUGUUUUCUUCACAAUUUGGAGACUUUUCCUUGAGAUACUUGUUGGCUCCAACUGAAUUCGUGAUCCAAGGAAAAGGUUGGGGAAAGAACAAAAUUGGCUUCAAAAGUCCUGGUAGUUUUAUGUCAGCUGUGGCUAAGGCAAAAAUAACAUUUCUUAUUUUUAUAAAUUCUUUUGAUACCUGAAAUGACAUGGUUUCUUAGUCACCAAUAUUCUUGAUCAAUAUUUGAAGGAAAUGUCGAUUAUAACUUAGCUAAAUAUUUGAAGAAAUAAUCUUUUCAUCCUUGGGCAACUUCACUUCUUUUAGACUCAUUGUUCCCUUUAGUGUAAAAUGUGGAUAAUAGUGGUAUCUAUUCCAUAGGUGUGUUGAAGAUUGAAUGAGAAAAUUAUUAAAAAGAGCCUAGUGGGGGCUGACAUUCUGUAUCCCGAUAAGAAUCAGCUGUCGUUAGUAUUGUAGUCAGUGGUAUACGUCGGUAAUCGGUCAGCUUACUGCAGAGAAAUUCAUGCAAGGAUGUGGUAGCAUACCAAACUGUGAAAACGAGCCAGACCGCCAUCUCCUUGAAGUCUGCAGUAUUAAAAUGUUAUAAGAGAGGCAGUUACAUCGUUGGCACCAAGCAGUGGGACACAAACAGACCUAGAUGGCAGACCCGAGUCCUGAUCCAGGUGUGUGUGCCGUACGGCGAGUGCAUUGCAGUGUCACAUCUCCGUUGGUGUGUCCUCUGUGAGCCAGGAGGCUGUGCGCUCCCUAAGAGUGUUAGACCCUGGUAAGUACCUGGCAUAUAGUUAGGCACUGAUAAGUGGUAGGUAGUAAGGUGACUAGAAACAAAUUAAAAAAAACAACUGGUGGGAAGGGUGUAGCUCAAGUGGUAGAGCGCAUGCAUGCUUAGCAUGCAUGAGGUCCUGGGUUCAAUCCUCAGUACCUCCUUUAAAAAUAAAUAAAUAAACCUAAUUGCCCACUCCCCCCAACCCCCCCCCCAAAAAAACCUAACAACUUAUCCUAGGGAAUUAGUUGUAAAAGGAACCUCAUGCUGCGUUACCUCAUCUACACCUGCUGAACAUCGCUCUCUGGAGCAGCUCCCUGUCAGCCCACAGGAGACCCUGAGGCCCUGAAAAAUCUUUCAUCAUCUGUGAAACAUCGUUAGACUCACUGUACUGUUGGCAGAAGAGAAUUUGGAAACAUUAAAAGAAAACAAAGAUGUCAUGUCAAAACCUCACUUCACCAGAAAGCUAACCAGACAAAAUUUUCUGAACAUUCUAGUCAUUUCGGUUUUAUAAAAAUUUAUUAAACUUGAGUCUUGAAAACUUGAAAAGUAGCAUUACUGAAUGGGGCCUGAACACAAGCCAUUCUUACUAGAAAUGACUUUUUUAAGCUUCUUUCUAAAACCAUCAAAGCCUACGCAAAGACUUGUGUGUGAAUAAUCCUUGCAGCAUUAUUCAUGAUAGCCAGAAACUGGGAACAAUCCAAAUGCCCACCAGCUGGUGAGUAGAUCUUAAAUGUGACAUACAUUUAACAGCUGUUUGUCACAUUUGCUUUAUCAUAUUUUUCAAGGAAGCAUUUGAAAGCAGAUAGCAUGACACUUCACUGAAAACUUAAGCAUACAUUUUAAGAUACACUUUCCUCUGUAAGUAUGACCCUUGCUCUUAGGAGGAACAUGGAUAAGAAUUUCCUGAUAAUUAAUAUUCAGAUUCUGAUUUCUCCUAGGGAGAGUUCUGGGCCAAAGUUCAGUCCCAGUGUUGGUAUAAUUUAGUAUAUAUGAGCGAUGAUCAUUAAGGAUCUAAACUGACACUUGUGAAAAAUGUUGAAGAAAUACAUGUGGCUACUGCCUGCAAGUUCCUGUGAGGAGCUCUGACUGGAUGAAAAUAGUGUUUGCAACCCUUAGGUGGAAAAUGUCGUGGGGUGCAGGCCCAAAACAGUAAUCAGUAACGUGUCUGCAUGUGGCUCUCCGUCUGUUCCUUCAGCAGCGGGAGGGCAGGUGGGACUAAACAGAACAGGUGAGUGGUGACGGCAGAGUGCAGGCAGGUCUGUCUAGACGCCCCCAACCUGGAGUUGUGUGCACCUGGCUUCCCUCUGCUCAGCGCACAGGGGAUGCUUAGUAGUCAGUGACGAGUAAAUACACUGCCCCCAUUUUCAGAAGGUCGGCACAGAGUGCAGGGGAUCAAGAAUGUCCCUGAAAUAAUAAAACUGAAGGAGAGGACUUCUUGAGAUAGAGUUGAGGUGCCCAGAAGACACCUGGGAAUGUUGAAAGAUAAUUAAGGCAAAGCUGUCCAACAGAAUUUUCUGCAAGAUAGAAAUAUCCUCUCUGUACUGUCCGGUGUGGUGGCUGCUAGUCACAGGUGGCCUUUGAGCACUUGUCACUUGAGGAUCUGAACUUUAAAUUUUGUUUAAUUUUUAAAUUUAAAAUUUGAAAUUGUCACAUGUACUAGUGGCUGCUGUAUUGGGCAGCGCAGUUCUUAGGUCCUAGUACAAAUGUCCUGCAAGCCAUGGACAUCAGAGAGCACUUCAGCAAGACUGACAAUGCUUACAAGACCAGCAGUAACAGUGGGGAACCAUUAAUCAAAAUUCGGUCCCCAGCGUUAAGGUCUAAAGAUGUAUAUCACUUUCUGUACAUCACUGAGUCCAAUUUUUAUGUAUAACACAAAUUCUGGUUUUAAAAAUCUGCCUCGCUACUACUAAUGCUCGUAGACAAAAUUUUGGAGGCUGUUUUUGUUUUGUUUGGGCAGGGGGAGUAAUUCGGCUUAUUUAUGUAUUUAUUUUUAAUUGGAGGUACUGGGGAUUGAACCCAGGACCUCAUGCACACUAAGCAUGCGCUCUACCACUGAGCCAUACCCUCCCCUCUAUGGAGGCUGUUUUAAGGAAAUAUUUAGAAAUAGUGAAAAGAUUAAUACCUCAUCUUUUGGUGAGAACCUCUUUCCUAAUUAAGUUUGCCUUUUCAGUAGGCUGGUAACUUGUAUGUUGAAUUAUAAAAAGAAACGCCAAGAUGUAUUAUCUUUUAAGGCUAGCAAUACUUGUAUUUUAUAAUUCUGCUAAUAAAUGUGGUCCAGGCACAGUAUACUGCCAGAUUCAUGGACUGAUGUCCUAAAUUCAUACCAGCCUUUAUCUCCGGAGCCAUAUCAACACCAGCCUGUGGCCACACACUUCCUAAAUACAUUCUCCUCUUUAAUAGAGAACUUAAGAGUUCAUAUUCAAAGAUGAUUUAUAUUAGGGGAUAUUUGAAAAGCAGUACUUUCUCAAUUUAGUGAUAGAAAAAAUUUAAGUGAUAGAAGAAAUUUAAAUAUGAAAGACUUAUUACAAAAAAUUUUUAAAUUAUGUAAAAUCACUAACUUGAAAAAGCAGUUGACAGACUGAUAAAAUUUAUAGCAGAGAAGAGGGGAGGGUAUAGCUUGAGUGGUAGAUCUCAUGCUUAGCAUGCACAAGGUCCUGGGUUCAAUCCCCGGUACCUCCUCUAAAAAUAAAUAAAUAAAGCUAACUCUCCCCCACCCAAAAUUUGUAGCAGAGAAGAUGGGCAAAGGGUAAAGAUGUUUAUUUUAUAAAAGCUUUAAAAAAUAAAUUUUAAAAUAUUAAGACCCCAAUUUCAAAAAGGGCAAAGGAUAUCGACAUAAGUUACAUCCAGGUAACAAAUAAAUGGGGAAAUGUUCAACCUAAUUAGUUUUCAAAGGUAUUUAAAAUGAGGUGCUUUUCUUAGAAAAAAAUGUACAGAAGAAGAAUGUAUUGACAUACAGGGAACAACUUAAUUGUGUCCAGUGCUGCUCUGCACACACAAUACAGAAACAAGGCAGGAUGACUCUCACAGAGCCUCAGUGGGAUACAUAAAGAGAAAACAUACUUCCUGUUCACCAUGCUCUUCCAUCUUAGCUGUUUUCUAUUUCCAGUCUUCCAGUGGAGUGUGUCAGUGCCUCACCUUCCUUGUACGUAUUGGGAGUUAUACCUUCCCUAUGUUUUCAGUGGCUACCCUUAGAAUUUAACACUCAUAAUUGUCUUCAUAAAGGCUUUAGAGUGUGGUGUUAGUUUCAGGUGUACAGCAAAGCGAUUCAGUUAUAUGUAUAUAUGUAUUUUUUCAGAUUCUUUUCCAUCAUAGGUUAUUACAAAAUACUGAAUGUAGUUCCCUGUGCUAUACUGUAGGACCUUAUUGUUCAUCUAUUUUAUAUAUAGUAGUGUGUAUAUAUUAAUCCCAAACUCCUAAUUUAUCCCUCUCCCCGCCCCUUUCCCCUUUGGUAACCAUAGUUUGCUUGCUAUGUCUGGAAGUCUAUUUCCAGUUUGUAAAUGUUCAUUUGUGUCUUUUUUUUUUUCACUAUUCCACGUAUAAGUGAUGUCAGAAGACAUUUGUUUGACUUCACUUAAUAUAAUAAUCUCUAACAUCUAUGUUGCUGCAAUUGGCAUUUUAUUCUUUUUUAUGGCCGAGUAGUAUUCUGGUAUAUAAAUAUACUACAGCUUUAUCCAGUCAUCUUUUGAUGGACAUUUAGGUUGCUUCAAUGUCUUAGCUAUUGUAAAUAGUGCUUCUAUGAACAUUGGGGUGCAUGUAUCUUUUCAAGUUAGCAUUUACUCUGGAUAUAUGCCCAGGAAUGGGGCUGCUGGGUGAUAAGGUAACUCUUCUUGUUUUUUAAGGAACCUCCUUUCUGCUCUCCAUAGUGGCUACAUAAAUUUACAUUUCCACCAACAGUGUAGGAGGGUUCCUUUUUCUCUCAGCCUCUCCAGCAUUAUUUGUAGACUUUUUAAUAAUGGCCAUUCUGACUGGUGUGAGGUGAUACCUCAUUGCAAUUUUGGUUUGCAUUUCUCAUAUAAUUAGCGAAACUGAGCAUCUUUUCAUGUAAGUUUUGGGCAUCUGUAUGUUUUCCUUAUUUCAAUAACUGUAGUUUUCUAUUUCAUUAUUUUCAACUUAAUAUUUUCCAGCUCAGCCUGUUAUUUUUUUCAUCAUGUCUUCUAUUACUUCUUUUAUAAUUUAAAACAUUUAUUUCAUAUUCUCUUUCAGACUGUUCUUGUUCUUCAUUUAUUUUAUAAGCAUUUUAAUCUUUCCUGGGGAUUACUUUCACUGUGGAAAUGUGCCUGCGUUUGUAGGAGUGUUUCUACAGCGGGGUCUGCCCUUCUCCCAGGCCUGUAGUAUCAGUGGCCCAGAAGUAUUUCUUCCAAUGAUUUCUCAGGUUUUAAUUCAAAUCCACAUGUGGCACAAGUUUCAGGUUUUGGCUUCUCAGAAGAGGCUUUUUUUAACCUGAAACCUUGAAUAGUAACAAGCAUCCUUGUCUUCCUGGGCCUUGGCAGAGCCCACCUUUCACUGAGGGGACAGCCCUUCAAUUUCCUGGCUUUCUGCAGGGACUCAGUGGGAAUUUCCUGCGAGCCCUGUCCUGAGAGCCCACCUUGGGGGAUAAACUGCAGCCUCGGGCCAGUCAGACCUGAUACCACCUCGCUGACUCCCACCUGGGUUGCUGUAGCAUCGCUUUGAACUUCACCACUCUGGCUUUUAGUUCCCAAUCUGCUUCUUGCCCCUGGAGAUUUCCUUACUUUCCUGGAUACUCAGUUGUACAAUAGCUCUCUUAUUUUUAUUUUUUAAUUUUUGGUUGUCGUGGUGGGUGGUGCCAGGCAUAUAAACACAUACAUGAGAUAAUUUAACAUCCCACCCGUCCUUCCACAGCUCAGCCACAGUGAUCUCAAGGUUCCAGAAACCAGCCAGCGCUGCCUGUCUUGAGCAGAGCAUGCUGCUCCCCCUGUUUAAAAUGUCCUUCCCUUCUUGUCCACUCAGCAGAUGGUUUCUAGUCCUUUGAGGCUCUGCUUCGCCUUUCUCUGCUCUACGUGAGCUCCUUGAGCUCCCUACAGAUUCAGCUGCUUAUGCUUUCCGUUCGCGUCUCAGUUGUGUUCUGCACGGCCUUCGUGAGUUGCAUAAAUGCACACUGAACACCUGUCGGCCCUCUGACAGGGUUCCAGGCUCAAAGGACACGGGGAUGAGCAAGUCCAACGAAGUCCAUUCAGGAAGCGUACAUCCAGUAAGGGGAAAGAGGAUCAUUUCCGGUUGUGAUGAAUGUGAGAAAAGAAAAUGGGUAACAACCGAGGGGCUGAGAGGACUCCUUAAAGUUGCUUGGUCAGAGGCUUCUCUGAGGAGGCCCAAAAGAUGAGUGAGACACAGCCCUGUGAAGUUGGGGUGGAACCUGCAGGGUGGAGGGAAUACAAAGUGGAACAGCCCUAAGGUGGGGAUGAGCUUGGGAGGAACGGGAAAGGGCGUGGGCCUGGGGGCCGUGUGUGACUGUAGGGCAGGGUUAUGGGAGUCUGGGUGAAGGGAACAACUCUGGAGCAGGAGCUGGCAGGGGACGGGGGGUCAAGAGAGGCUCCUGGAACAGAAGAUGCUUGUGCAUGUUUGUCUGUUGAUGGCAAUGACCCUGGGGCUGAGAUUGGCUCUGGGGGGCGGACAGGUGCAGAAGCACAGCCCACAGUGAGGAGAGCAGAAGUGGGGCCUGGCAGCUAAGCGGAGAGGGAGGGAAGGAGCAGAGACAGGUCAUCUGUCUUGAUAAGAACACAGAGCACGCGGGCACGCGGGGCGGGCAAGUAGGUGCAUAGGUUUAAUCCCGCAAAAACAAGUGUCCCUUAAAUGCAGAUAGCCUUUGUGUCUAGCGGGCCUCACUAUGCUUUAUCCAGAAUGUGUGUUCAUUUUAUGAAGUUCCCAUGUCUCCGAGCUUUGUGUGGAACCCUUCAUAACCUUGAGCAUGCAGUUGCAGUAAGUCAUGACUGGAAAGGGAGGCUGGAGAGAGGGAAAGGUAUGAAAUAGUGGACAGUGGGAGGUGGAGGUUGAAGGAUCAGGGGAAAUGAACGUGGUCAGAUUGUCUGGGAAGCACUGAGGCUGUCCCUGGGAAUCUAUUACAAGUACUAGAAACCCAACAAAAGUACAAAAAGGGGACUUCUUAAAAGGGUAAUGGCUUCAUUGAAAGAAAAUUGAACUUCCAAACCUUAAGAAGAGCAGGAAAGCAGGAACAAUGGGAGCCAGGCGCCCUGGUACCCUGUGUCUCCUGGUCUUUGCUUCUGUGCAUCAACUUUGCUCUCUCCUGCCUACCUGCUCCCAUAUCGCAGAGAACAGGCUUCUAACUGCUCCUGGCUUUCAUUCUCUUGACCUUUUGCCACCUGAAAGGUGGUGGGCUCAGGCUGUCUUUGGUCUCAGAUUCAGAGAUCCCCGAGAAGGAUUUUGACUCAACUGGUUUGUGUCUGGUGCCCACCCCUGGGCGUGGUCGUGUCAUUGGCAUCUGUACAAAUGUAGCUCCCCACGGAACCACAUGGUUGCAGGGGCAGAGCAGGUGGAGGUGGUGGUUGCAGAGGAGGGAAGACAUUCCUGGCCAGUUACAGGAACAAAAACGUCCCCUCAAAUGGAUCAAGUUCCAGAAAUGUUCACACUGACCUAGUGAUACCAUUUCUGAAAAUUGUCUUUUAUAUCAAAUAUCUUGAGUACAGAAACAGUUCUACAGCAAGAGCUGAUACUCACUCUUUUUCCAAUAGGGAAAUGUCAUACCACAUUGUGGUGACUUGUUCAUGGAAUAUUAACUCACCUAUUAAACAGGUGAGCUUUUUUUCAGGAGCUAAAUGAUUUAUAAUGAAAGUAUUUUGGUGGGGGAGGGCAUAGCUCAGUGGUAGAGCAUGUGCUUAGCAUGAACAAGGUCCUGGGUUCAAUCUCCAGUGCCUCCAUCAAAAAAUAAAUAAAUCUAAUUACGUCCCUCAAAACAAAACAAAACAAAACAAGUUUUCACCAACAGGAAAAAAACUGAGGUGAUGGAUGUUACCUAAACUUAUUGUGAUGAUCAUUUUGCAGUAAGUAUCAAAUCAUUAUGUUGUACACCAUAAACUAAUACAAUGUUUUGUGUCAGUUGUAUCUCCAUAAAACUGGAGAAAUACAUCAGACUUAAAAAUUUUUUUUGAUUUGACUUAAAGUAAAAGAUACUUGAGUCAACGGACACAAAAGAGAGAAGCAUUUGUAUUUCUUUAAGGAACACUUGAGAAAGGAACUUGCUUUCUCGCCCAGGUCAGCAUACUUCCGUGUGGACAGGGAAGUGCCCAGUGCCCCCCGCUUCUUCCCCAGGUGGACAUGCGCACUUGGAUGCUCAGGCUGGCUGCGCGCCGUUGACCCCUAGUUGAACAGGGACAGCCAGGGCUCCAGAGACAGCUGCAACCUGGGUCCAGUGCCGCCCCUUUCUGGGGCCAGCCUGCUGGUGUCCCUCCUAGUCGCCCACUUCCCUUUUACAGCAAACUCACAGCUGGGGAAACCACGGUGCUUCAUGUGCAACCUCAGAGCUUUCAACAUCUCUAUUUGCAUUUCAGUAUCCGUUGAAGAGGCUGGCAGUUGUAUAUGCCUCUGAGAAGUAGAAAAACCAUUAUCAGUGUGUCCUGAUCUUGGUGGAUAAAAAUGGACUGAUUUAAAUAAUAAUAAAUUUUGUCUCCCCAUGCAAGACUGCACAGAGGCAGCUCUUGGCAAAACUUAUUCUUUUCAGGGUCUAGUCAGAGCUCAUCUUCUCAGUAACUUGUUUCUGCCAGUUUCUGAUUUUCAAUAAGCAGGGAUGGCCUUCAAAAUAGUUAAGAAGCUAGAGACCAUUGGCUUAUUGCCAGAUGGUGGUGAGGUCCUGGGGAGAUGGCGUUGGUCACAGGUUCCUUAUGGAGAUAUUUCAAUAUUUUACUAACUGAUAUGCUCCUGGGGUAGUCCUGGCUGAAUCUCUCCUCUCUCUCACACACACAGACCACAGAGGUCUUGUAACUCCCAGGUUUAUUUGCAUUCGAAAUAGAGAAGGCGCAAGGGCAGACUGCCGUUGAGCCCAGGUGUUUGUGGCCAGACAGUGUUUGAUGUAGCUUAUUGAAACUUCACCACAACCCUUGGGGGAUUUUUUAAAAGAACUCCAGGAUAGGCCCUUAUGCUCUCUGAUGCUCUUAGAACCCUCUCAAUAUCUGGUAAUUCAUCCAUUCAACACAUUUUAUUGCGCACCCACCAAAUAGAUUGGGAUUCAAAAAGGGGAACCAGAUGAGAAGGUUCCAGGUCCCCUGGAGCUGACUUUCUGGUAGGGAGAGACAGACAAGAAAACGCAACUGAGCAGAUUAGCCUGGGAACAUGUGCUGGUUUAGAUACGGCACUUGGGGAUGGCCUCUUAGAGGAGAUGCUAUUUGAGCUGCCAAAGAUGUGGAGAUCUAGGGGGAUAAGGAGUUCCAGGUCAAGAGAGAGGAUGCCAAGUGCAAGGGCUUGGCGUGGGUAGGGCUCUGGGUGCAGAGAAAACGAGCUGGAGCUUCAGCCGUCAGAGGGGAUCUAGCAGGAGCCGAGGUUGCAGACGUAAGCAGACCUGGAUGCUGGAGUGAGGCGUUUGGAUUUUAUAUUCUGCACGUUGGGAAGCCAUUUGAAGGUUUCAGGUAAGGAAGAAAUAAGAUCUCGUUUUGUUUGGAACAGGGCAUUCUGGCUGCAGUGUAGACAGUGGACUGGAGUUGGGCAGGAGUGGAAACAGAUGGAAAAGGGAAGCAGGGAGAGCAGUUAGGAGGAGGCGGCAGUAGUUGAGGCCGAUGUGGCUGGGACUAAAGCGGAAGUCAGCACGCUUGCUUUAAAGGGUCAGGGACUGUUUCAGGCUUUAUGGGUUACAUGUGCUCUCUGUCACAGGUUCUUAGUCUUUUUCUUCUUAAUCCCUUAAAAUUGUAAGACUGUUCUCAACUAGACUGGCUGGCACAGUGUCUAGACUGGAACGAUCGCUGCAUCAGUUGUCUUAGCAAAAGAUUAAAAGUAACCUAAGUGUCAUCAGUGGAAGACUCAUAAAAUAAGUGAUUGUUCAACCAUAUGGCAGAAAACAGAAGCUGUUAAAAAGGCGAAGGAUGUGUCUAAAUGUGAACUGAGAGGGAAAAGUGCCAAGAUGUUGCCACAAGAGAAGCAAGAUAAGGAAUGUUUGUGGAGGGGAAAAAAGGUACAUUUAUAUAAUAUUUUCAUGUAUGUGUCUUGGGAAGGACACACAAGAAGCUGGUAGGAGUGACUGCCUCCAGAGAGGUGACCAGGCAAGAGAGCAAGUAUUUUUUCACUGUUUUCCCUUUUGUAACUUGAAUUUUGUGCUCUCAACUGAAAAAAAAAAAACAAAAAAACACAACCUAAAA